AUAAUUCAGUAAAGAACAUAAGAUUUUCUUUUUCCCACCAAAACAAAAUCCAAGAGAGAAAUAGAAAGAGCUCAAACAAAGCUCUUUUCCCCCCCUCUCUUUCAAAAAUGGAGAUUCUUUCUCCACUUUGUUCGACCCCUCCUCUUUGUAUAUCCAUAUCUUCAAAACCCAUCUUCAAUUUCUUCCCAACCCCAUCUUAUCAAAACCUAGGGUUUGCCAGAACAAGAGUCCUGACAUUGAAGAUAAGUUCGACAAAAUUGUAUAGCUUUAGAAAAAGGUCUAAUUUUUCAAUAGAGGGGCGAGUAUCUGAUGUUGAAGAAGAGGAGGAGGAGGAGGAUGAGGAUGAAGAUGAUGAUGUUGCUGCAGAGGAAUAUGAAGAAUUCAUUGUUGAUGCGGAUAGAGAAGAAGAUGAGGAAGAAGAAGAAAGUGAUUCAGUAAUUGUAUCUUCUUCUUCGUCAUCGAGAUAUGAAGAACAUAAAUGGCAAAGAGUAGAGAGACUUUGUAACGAUGUUAAAGAAUUAGGUGAAGGGAUUAUUGAUUACAAUGAACUCUCUUCUAUUUACGACUUUCGUGUCGAUAAAUUUCAGAGAUUGGCUAUACAAGCAUUUUUAAGAGGUUCAUCAGUUGUAGUUUCUGCUCCAACUAGUAGUGGGAAGACAUUGAUAGCUGAAGCUGCAUCUGUAGCUACGAUUGCGAGGGGAAGGCGAAUAUUGUAUACAACCCCAUUGAAGGCAUUGUCUAAUCAGAAGUUUAGAGAUUUUCGUGAUACGUUUGGUGAAAGUAAUGUUGGUCUACUUACCGGAGAUUCUGCAGUUAACAAAGACGCACCCAUAUUGAUUAUGACAACAGAAAUUCUACGGAAUAUGUUGUAUCAGAGUGUUGGGACCGAUUCUUCUGGUAGUGGAUUAUUUCACGUCGAUGCAAUUGUUUUGGAUGAAGUUCAUUAUCUCAGUGACAUCUACAGGGGUACAGUUUGGGAAGAAAUAGUGAUUUAUUCUCCUAAAGAAGUGCAGCUUAUAUGCCUUUCGGCCACAGUUGCCAAUGCUGAUGAACUGGCUGGUUGGAUUGAGCAGAUUCAUGGUAAAACAGAGCUGGUAACAUCUACUAAACGACCAGUUCCAUUGACUUGGCAUUUCUCUACAAAAAAAUCUUUGUCACCUCUUCUUAAUGAGAAAGGAACUACCAUGAACAGGAAAUUAUCACUCAAUUAUCUACAACUUUCUGCUGCGGGAGUUAAACCUUUCAAGGAAGAUGGAUAUAGAGGCAGGAACUCAAGAAGGCGAGAAAGUGACCGGCGCUAUAAUAGUGCUUCGGAUGUAUCUGGACAGUCGGCACUCUCUAAAAAUGACAUAAACAGCAUUCGCCGGUCACAGGUUCCACAGGUUAGAGACACAUUAUGGCACCUUCGGGCAAGGGAUAUGCUGCCAGCUGUUUGGUUUAUUUUUAGUAGGAAAGGGUGUGAUGUAGCUGUUCAGUAUGUUGAAGACUGCAAGCUUUUAGAUGAGUGUGAGAUGGCUGAAGUUGAUCUAGCAUUGAAGAAGUUUCGCAUUCAAUAUCCUGAUGCCAUCAGAGAGUCUUCUGUGAAAGGUCUGAGGCAAGGGGUUGCAGCACAUCAUGCUGGUUGCUUACCCCUGUGGAAGUCAUUUAUUGAAGAGUUGUUUCAGAGAGGACUGAUUAAGGUUAUUUUCGCGACGGAAACACUUGCUGCUGGGAUCAAUAUGCCAGCUAGAACAGCUGUUAUUUCUUCUCUUAGCAAAAGAUGUGAAACUGGACGUAUCCAGUUAAGUCCAAAUGAACUUCUUCAGAUGGCUGGUCGAGCUGGCCGUAGAGGUAUCGAUGAAAAGGGUCAUGUUGUCCUUCUUCAAGGUACCAAUGAAGGAGCUGAAGAAGGCUGCAAGGUUCUCUUUUCUGGACUAGAGCCUCUUGUGUCGCAGUUUACUGCUUCGUAUGGAAUGGUGCUAAACCUCCUCUCUGGUGCAAGAGUAACUCGUAGAUCGAAGGAGACAGAUGAAACAAAAGUCUUUCGAGCAGAGCGGACAUUGGAUGAAGCUAGGAAGAUCAUUGAACAAAGUUUCGGGAAUUAUGUUGGAAGCAAUGUCAUGAUUGCUGCCCAAGAAGAGCUCGCCAAAAUAGAAAAAGAGAUCGACUUCUUAACUCUUGAAGUUACUGAUGCUGCUAUUGAUGAAAAAAGCCGAAAACAGAUGUCUGCGAAGGCAUAUAAGGAGAUACAUGCAUUGCAGGAAGAAUUACGGGCAGAAAAACGACUUCGGACGAAGCUGCGACGAGAGAUGGAAAUACAAAGAAUGGCCGCUCUGAAGCCUAUAUUGAAGGAGUUGGAAGAUGGGCAGUUACCUUUUCUAUGCUUGCAACACAAGGAUAGUGAAGGGUUUAUGCAUUUAGUCCCUGCUGUUUAUUUGGGCGAGGUUGAUUCACUCUCUAGCUCUAAAGUCAAGAACAUGAUUGAUGCAGAUGACUCUUUUGAACUAAACACUGUGGAUAAUGAGUUGGAGGUUGGAGAUAGUGACAGACAACUUGAUGCCCAGUUGUCCUAUUACGUGGCUCUUGGUUCAGAUAAUUCCUGGUAUCUCUUCACACAGAAGUCGAUUAAGACAGUUUAUAGCACGGGCUUUCCCAAUGCUCCUCUAGCUGAGGGUGAUGCUUCGCCUCGAGAAAUUAUGCAGUCGCUACUUGAUAAGGAAGAAAUUGACUGGGAAAAGCUGUCUGAGUCUGAAUUUGGAGGUCUUUGGCGUAAGGAAGGAUCUCUUGAAACAUGGUCUUGGAGUUUGAAUGUGCCAGUCUUGAGUAGCCUUUCAGAAGAUGAUGAGGUGCUAGAAAGGUCACAAGUGUUCCAUGAUGCUCUUGAACGUUACACGAAGCAAAGAACUACGGUGUCUCGUUUGAAGAAAAAAAUCUCGCGUAGUGAAGGCUUCAAAGAAUAUAAGAAGAUCAUUGACGUGACCAACUUUACCAAGGAAAAGAUUGAACGACUAAGGGCUCGAUCAAUUCGCUUAACUAAUAGAAUAGAGCAAAUUGAACCAUCUGGGUGGAAGGAGUUUUUGCAGAUCAGCAAUGUCAUACAUGAAGCAAGAGCUUUGGAUAAAAAUACACACGUGAUAUUUCCACUUGGUGAAACAGCGGCAGCCAUUCGAGGAGAAAAUGAACUCUGGCUAGCUAUGGUGCUCCGGAAUAAAAUAUUAUUAGAUUUAAAGCCAGCUCAAUUAGCUGCUGUCUGUGGAAGUCUAGUUUCCGAAGGAAUUAAACUUCGUCCAUGGAAAAAUAAUAGCUACGUAUAUGAGCCGUCCGCUACUGUAUUAAACUUGAUCAAGCUUCUGGAUGAGCAAAGAAGUUCGGUUCUUCAGCUCCAAGAAAAACAUGGUGUAAAGAUUUCUUGUGCAUUGGAUAGUCAAUUUGCUGGAAUCAUCGAAGCUUGGGCCUCUGGCUUAACUUGGCGAGAAAUUAUGAUGGAUUGUGCAAUGGAUGACGGGGAUUUAGCUCGUCUAUUAAGACGGACAAUCGAUUUAUUGGUUCAGAUUCCUAAGUUGCCUGAUAUUGACCCAGUUCUGCAAAAAAAUGCGUUGGCCGCAUCUAAUGUCAUGGACCGACCUCCAAUAAGCGAGCUUGCUGGUUAGAGGUGUAAGUAAUAACGUGGUAUAUCCCCAUUACUAGCAUAUUUAAGCGCUGAUUCGAUAAAAGUUUAAUGUUAUCAAAUUUUGCAAUGUAAAGUGUAAGAUGUAUGCGGCAUUCGAAUGGGUAGUGCAUAAUGAGAAGUUGUAAAAUCAGAAUACCAGAUACGUAACCGGAGAACAUUUUUUAGUAAAUCAAAGUCCGAGAAGUAGCCCUGGAAGUCAUCUUGCAACAUCUCUGGUCUAGUUCUGUGGGAUUGUCGGGUUUUAGGUGCCUGGCAUGUGUAAAGGUUCUCUGUUCUUGUAACAUUCUUUGCCUUUGGGCCUUAACAAUAAACUUUAAACUUACAGGUUGUUUUCUAA